AUGAUUCAGAUCAAGCCGUCCGCAAAUCUCUCUUGGACACCAUGUUACGUUAAUUUCAUGUGUGCGAACCUCGAGGUCCCAUUGGAUUAUGAAGACUCACAGGCCGGGACGACGAACAUUGCAUUCAUUAAGAAGGCAUCUCUCAACGAGUCCGCAGAGGACAUUCUCAUCAACCCAGGCGGCCCCAGCAACUCCGGCAUAGACUUCGUUCUCAAAGGCGCCUCACUGCUCGAAAACCUCUUUGGCGCAGAGUACAACCUCAUCGGCUUCGACCCCCGUGGCGUCAACAACAGUGGUCCAACACUGACAUGUUUCCCCUCGAGCGAGGCCGCCCAGCUUGUCUUUGGCCGCACGCUCGGCCUCCCCAUCGACUCCAACUCCACCACCUCGAUCGCAGAAGCGUACGAACUAGCCGGUGGAUGGAGCCAAUGGUGUAGCAAAGCCAAUCGCGACACUCACGCAAAAUAUGCCAACACACCUGCUGUCUCCGCCGACCUCCUCCGAUUCAUCGAAUCUAGGAGCGUGGGUCGAGGUGCCAGCGCUGACGACGCGAAACUGUGGUUCUACGGGCUCAGCUACGGGACGGUAAUCGGAAGCACAUUCGCAUCUUUGUAUCCGGAUCGCGUGGGCAGGAUGAUCCUCGAUGCGCCGAUGGACGUGGAAGAUUACUACAGUGGUGCGUCUCGCGAGAACCUAAACGACGCUGACGCGGCUGUGCGGUCGUUCUUCAAGUUCUGCCACGAGGCUGGGAAGGAGGGCUGCGCGUUCCAUGCGGAGAGUCCGGAGGCUAUUGAGACGAGGUUCAGGAACGCGCUGCUGAGUAUCAAGGAGGAUCCGAUUGUCGUUGUCGACCCGUACUUUGUGCAGAUGCCCACCCUUGCUACGUAUAAGACGCUCCAGUCGUUCGUACUACAGGCGACGUUCGCGCCCAUCACGAGGUUUCCAGCGUUCGCGCAGCUCAUGCUGGGAGUUGAGAAGAGGAAUGGAAGUGCGCUGGCGAAGAACUCGGGAUUUGGGACUCUCGCCACGGAGUGUCCUGGUGAGACGCCUGCGCGGGAGUAUCAUAUGGAGGAGCCUAGGUUGAUCAUCGCGUGCAAUGAUGCCAACGGCCGCACGAAUCUUUCCAGCAUGGAUGCGUUCGCAGAGUCGAUGGAAUACAUGGUCGAGCAGAGCUUCUACCUAGGCGAGAGCUGGGCGGGCGCGACUGUGGGAUUGAACUGUAGAAACUUGGACAUCAGAUCGCCGAAGAGCCAGCAGUUCAGUCUCCCAUCAGCCAACGACACCAUAAAAACCUCUCCCAUCCUCUUUCUCUCAAACACCAUAGACCCAACAUCCCCGCUCAAAGGCGCCCAGAAAAUGACCACCUCGUUCCCCGGCUCGUCACUCCUCAUCGUCAACGGCGUUGGCCAUGGUACCAUCACCGCGCCUUCAAAGUGCGCGAGGGACUACGUGCAGAGAUAUCUUGAUUCGGGCGCCCUGCCUGAGUCAGGAGAGGUAUGCAUACCUGAUGGUGUUCCGUUCAAGGGGAGUGACGGCGGGUGGGGCAAGGUGUUGAAGACUGUUUACUGA